AUGACGCGGUGGCAGCUCCUCGCGCUGCUGCUGGGCGCGCUGCUGAUCGCUGCGCCGCUGACCAGCGUCCGGGGAGAGGAAGACGAGUACGAGGAGGACGAGGGGGAUGCAGAGGAGCCUGCAAAGGCGGAGGACGACGGCGAGCCUUCAGAGAAAGACGUGGUCGUCCUGACAGCCAAGAAUUUCGAUGAGAAAGUGAUGAAAUCGGAAUUCGCGCUGGUGGAAUUCUACGCGCCCUGGUGCGGGCACUGCAAGAAAUUGAAGCCCGAGUACGCAAAGGCAGCCACGCAGCUCAAGGAGUACAACGCAGACAUCGUCAUCGGAAAGGUGGAUGCCACCGUGGAGAAGGAACUUGCCGGGAAGUACGGAGUGAAGGGGUACCCGACCUUGAAGUGGUUUGUUAACGGAAAGGCCAGCGACUACGGUGGCGGCCGGGACGAGGACUCACUGGUGCGGUGGGUGAAGAAGAAGACGGGCCCUCCCGCUAUCACCAUCGAGACCGAAGAGGAGCUCAAGUCAGCUGAGACCAGCAACGAAGUCGUGGUCCUUGGCUAUUUUGCCAAGUUUGAGGGCAAGGAGUUUGAGCAAUUUGUUGCUGCUGCACGGUUGGCAGAGGACGUCACCUAUGCUCAGACCAAAGAUGCCGCUGUGGCCAAGGCAGCUGGGGUGAAGGGCGAAGCUCCAGCAGUGGUCAUUGUCAAAAACUUCGAAGGCGAAGAGAGGGAGGUUGUGGCGUUGGAAGGCGAUAUAACCACUGAGAAGCUUGAAGAAUUUGUGAAGUCAGAGAAGCUUCCACUUAUCAUCCCGUUUGCUGAGAAGAACCAGGACAAGAUUUUCGACUCUGGCAUCGACAGGCAGUGCCUUGUUGUGGCUGACAAGAAAGAACUGACAGGAGAGGCAGAACUGUUCAAGGCAGUGAAGGCGGUUGCAGAAACACACAAGGGCAAGAUGAUCUUUGUCAGCGUUGACUCAUCAGGCGAAAGCGCCGCCCCAGUCAUCAACUUCUUUGGAUUGGAGGCAGACAGCUUUCCACAGGUUGUGUCCUUCCAGCUCAGCGGCUCCAAGAAGUACAAAAUGACUGGAGAAGUCACGCAAAAGAGCCUGCAGGCCUUCACUAAUGGUGUUCUGGACGGCACGAUAGAGCCUGACUACAAGUCUGAGGACAUCCCAGCAGAGGGGCAGGACAAAGCGGGAGGCGUGCAAAUCGUUGUUGGCAAGACUUUUGACAAGAUCGUGAAAGACCCCACCAAGGAUGUCCUGCUGGAGGUGUAUGCGCCCUGGUGCGGACACUGCAAAGCACUGGAGCCCAUCUACAAGAAGCUGGCCAAGCGCUUUGCGAAGAUCGAUUCUGUGGUGAUUGCGAAGAUGGACGGUACUGCCAACGAGCACAAGGACGUGGAUGUGAAGGGCUUCCCGACAUUGCUCUUCUUCCCUGCCAAGGACGGUGCCACGCCCAUCCCCUAUGAGAGUGGUGACAGGACGCUUCUGCCCCUCACCAAGUUCAUCAAGAAGCACGCUGUCAUCGAGUACGAACUAGCCACGAAGUCGAAGUCAGAAGAGAACAAAACGGAGGAGAAGCCAGCAGGUGGCCAUGAGGAGUUGUGA